AUGGAACUUAGCAAUGUUCGGCGUGCAGCUUUCAAUGGUGCAACGCUUCCUGGAGGUGGCGAGUUCACAGACCGCGUCGUUCAGCUUCUCGAGAGUCAGACCGAAAAUAGCACCGUUUUCCUGACCAAUUCUUGUACGCGCGCACUCGAGAUGGCAGCUCUUAUUUGCGACCUUGAACCUGGUGACGAGGUCAUUGCCCCAAGUUACACUUUCGUCUCAACGAUCAACGCAUUCCUUCUGCGCGGAGCCCGCAUCGUAUUCGUCGACAUUGACAAGACAACCAUGAAUAUCGACACUCGCCUCAUCGAAGCUGCAGUCACCAACCGAACCAAAGUCAUUGUUCCAAUGCAUUAUGGCGGCAUUGGUUGCGACAUGGAUACUGUCAUGGAUAUUGCCAACCGACACAAACUCCUAGUUGUGGAAGACGCAGCCCAGUGCCCGAAUGCCACGUGGAAGGGAAAACAACUUGGUUCAUUCGGACACAUCGGGUGCAUGUCUUUCCACGGGACUAAGAACAUUACCGCUGGUGGCCAAGGUGGAGCCGUUUUCAUCAAUGAUCCGUCGCUCGUUGCGCAAGCUGAGAUCGUUUACGACAAUGGUACGAAUCGCCAGGCGUUUUUCCGCGGAGAAACUAGCAACGGCUAUGAGUGGAAGUCUUUGGGGAGCAACUUUGCUCUAUGUGAGGUCCAGGCCGCAUACCUUUGGGCGCAGAUUGAUCAAGCAACCAAGAUUGUGCACCGUCGCCUGCAGAUUUGGAAUGCAUACCACAACUAUCUGCAACCUUUGGUACAGGGCGGAAAGAUUGAGGUUAUGAAGCAGCCCCCAGAGAGCGUACACAAUGCGCACAUUUUCUGGUUGAAGUUGAUCAAUUCUGAGAAACGGGGUGCAUUUGGUAAGUUUAUGAAGGAGAAGGGCAUCAGCACAACAACUCACUUCACUCCAUUGCAUAAGCCCGCGAUCAGCACGAAGCUUGGCUGUCGCUUCUACGGAGAGGAUCGAUACACAUCCCAGGAGAGCUCACGCUUGACGCGUCUGCCGUUGUUCUACAAGAUGACGGACGAGGAGGUUGGGCUUGUAUUGAAUGCGGUGUAUGAGUUUUUCGGCGAAAGUGUGGAAGACGAUCUUUCGAAUAUCGGUAACAGUAGCGGCACCACGUAG